AUGUCCAAGGAUGGACAGGGGUGGAUUGGACGGACGGUGUUUGUUAAUAAAGCUUAUUACAAUGACACCUGUUCAAUGACUACUCACCAAGCGUUGCCGGCGGAACCAAAGGUUUGGCAAAGAAAUUUGGAAAUAGUGCGAUACGAUCUAGCUAAUAGAGGAUUUGGCGGAGGAGCAGCUCAAGGCCUCUUUAUUACGUCGCCUAUGCUCGGUUCCGUUAACCGGUUUCUGGCGCCGGUUUCGUGGCUGCGUUUGUUCCUUACCUCGGCCUCGAGACUCAUCGACUGGACCGUACGUCUUGAAGGAUACUGUGAAGAACGAAUGACGUCUUUCGGACAAGAAGAAGAAGAACUCGACUGGGGUGAUGCGGUUGACGUUGUUUCUCUAGGUGAUGAAGAUGAAAUCCCAUGCCUUGCGGCAGUAGACGAAAAUAUAGGUGAAGAAACGGCGCCUAUUCCUUUAGCACAUGAAGAUGACUUUGAAUACGCUGCAAUAUCUAUCAAAAGCCAAGCGCCGAUGGCUCAUUCACAUCCUCUUGGUCUUUCUCACCUUCCCCCUAAGCCCCAGUCGGUGUCUUCUCAUAGGCGGUCCCGAGAAACGAUCAAGGCGUCCUCAAUGUCCCGUCCCUAUGUGCGAACUCACUCACCAUCUGGAGCUCUCGACGACUUGCCUAGACCAUGGGAAGUACGUCGAACUGAAACGAUUGUGUACUAUUACAAUACCGAGUUCCGGUGCUCGCAACUCAAGCGCCCGACUCGAGAUGAUGCUGGAUUGGACAAAUUUAAUUGGCCAGGUGAUGCGCCACCAAGCGCAUCUGAUCGCUCGCAGUCAGCUCGCAACCCCCCGCCGGGUCCCGCUGAAUGGCCGGAACGUUCGGUAUCUGAUCACCACAGAUCGUCUACACGCGAUAGGUCGCCUCCUCCAAGACGUUCUUCUCCAGCUCCCCGGCAGCGGUCGCCGAAACCCUCCCGUCAGAGGUCCGGUUCUAUCCAACAACCUCCACCUGCACGUGCUUUGAGUCCUUCGUCAAUGCUCAUUCCGCGUCGUGGUCAAAGCCCUGCUCGUGGGCUCGCAAAGUCUAGCAAACAACAACGUACCGACUCGGACCUCGGCGUUUCAAGCGACCCGCAAGAUAGCCGCCUUGGUCGAUCGCGUGAUUCAGGAUGGGAGCCACGCGGUAGAAACAACGCUCGAGAACGUGACAUGGCCCGUAACAGUGGAAGAAUGGAUCAUUAUUCGCCCCCUCCUGACAAUCAUGACAGCCCUCCUCAACGUGGGUCAAGGAACAGAAGUAUUUCUCCUCCUCGCAAAAUGACUGCCAUGCGUUCUGACGCAAUGAUUAUCAACCAACAUGUCCGUCGAUCAUUAUCACCUCGGGAACGCGAGGAUGCCCGGGGUCAUGAUCGACCUCCGUUUGAACGUGCGAGUGACAAUCGAUUUUCUAGAGACACCCACUCGAUGAGGCCUGCCGAUGAGGAGAAAAAGAUACCCAGAGCCGACCUGCGCCAGAUGCAAGAGUUCCAAACCCAGGAUCACAUUUUGUCCAGCUCCGGAGUUGUUCCUCGUGAUGCUAAUUUUCCGCCACGCGCUGAGGAUGAAGGGUUCCCUGCACCCACUGGUUUUAUGGGAGCACGGUAUAGCGGAGGCCUGACAAUCGUCGGAGAACGAACUGGGUUAUCCCCUCCUCUUCGUAACGACGUCGCACUAUCACCACGCCGUGACUUUAUUCACCCUCGCGAUGUAACUUCUGCGCAUCACCGACCUCGUAAUGGAGAUACCAGGGAGCGAAUGAUGGAGGAGAUCGCGAUUCGAUGGCUUUAG